AUGGCAAACCACCAACGACAGAUCCCGCGCCUCAACGACCACACAAUUCGAUUAUGUACGUCAGAUGAGAGCGUUUCGUCUCUGGUUGCUCGGAAUCCGGACCUAGCCCCUGGCGACGCAUGGAAGAAACUCCAUGGGGACGACGCAUGGAAACAUCUUGAAGGCAGAGGGAGACACGAAGACAAAUUUGAUGAUUCCGAAGACAAAACAGAAUUGUCGAGGACUGCCGAGUGUGGAAAAUGGGGCCCUACUAAACCGAGCGAGCUCUUCCUUCGGAUCUACCACGAUGCGCUAUGUACCAUUCACCAUGAACCGCACCGGGCCAUGGUCAGUCCCUCGUUGAUGGGAAGUUACGGGACGGUACCCUUAACGAUAAUCUCCGCACUCCCCGACCUUGCCCGCCACAUGUCCAAUGUCAUUGUCCGCGCUAAGCAGGAAGUCUUCCUGGCGACCAACUAUUGGCAAGAUAGUGUGGCUUCAAAGUACAUCACUAAUGCCAUCAAAGAACUCGACCGCCGGGCUAGGAUGAGGGGUACUAAGAUUGUAGUUAAGAUUCUAUAUGACCGAGGGAGUCUCAAACAGCUGUAUGAACAUCACUACGUCGUCCCGGAGAAGGAGUCCACCGGGAAGAACGUCAACCUGCCCCAUGCGCACGAAAUCCCAAAUAUCAGCAUGGAGGUCAUGAAUUUCCACACACCGAUUGUCGGAACCUUCCAUGCUAAGUACGUGGUGGUCGACCGGAAGAUUGCGCUACUACAGAGCAACAAUAUUCAGGAUAACGACAACCUUGAGAUGCUUGUCCACUUGGAGGGCCCAAUCGUUGACUCCCUGUACGACAUGGCCUUGCUCUCGUGGCACAAGAAGAUGGAGCCGCCAUUACCAAGUCGAGAUAAGCCGGCUACGCAAGCGUGGCCGGAGAGCCGACGGGAAGGAGAACAUGGGCGGUCCAAAGACAAUAGUUCUGAAAAUGGCAUUGAGGGACGAGAACAUCCGUCGCUUCCCCAACACACUACAGACAAUCCAUGCUAUGACGACGACAUCUCUGGGGAAGUAGCUCGGAUCAACGCCGCACUAGCCCCGAGACCCGAGCAAACACAUUUGCAAGCCGUCACCUUGCAGCUCAACCACACCACCAAUGAGGGUCUACCCGGCGACCCCAACGCCCCCGAGUGCCCACCUGGCGAGCUCAUGACACCUUACCUCCCGCUACUAAACGACACCCCUUACCCUAUGGCCCUCGUAAAUCGUGCCCCAUAUGGUCCGCCAACUCAUAAGUCUGUGGAGACACCGCAAAAUGCUGCUUGGUUGUCGGCGUUGCGCAACGCCAAGAAAAGCGUGUACAUCAUAUCUCCCACAUUGAACGCACCACCUCUUGUCGAGGCCAUUGUUGAGGCCUGCGAGCGUGGGGUUGAUGUGCACUGCUACAUCUGCAUCAGCUACAAUGAUGCAGGCGAACUCCUCCCCCGCCAAGGCGGACACAACGAAAAGGUCGCCGCCACCCUCCACAAAUCCCUGACUCCCUCAACGCGCCGGCACCUUCACUACCGCUGGUACGUCGCCAAAGACCAAACACGCCCCAUAACCCAAGCCCGUCGACAGCGUAGUAGCCAUGUCAAGCUCAUGAUCGUCGACGGCGCGGUGGGGAUUCAAGGAAACGGAAAUCAGGACACACAAAGUUGGUUCCAUAGCCAGGAGAUUAAUAUUAUGGUGGAUAGCGUCGAGGUAUGCGCGAAGUGGUUGGAGGGGUUGAGGCAGAAUCAGAACACGGCCCUAUUUGGGGCCGUGAAUCUAGAGGAUGGGGUGUGGCGAGAUGAGAAUGGCAACGGGGUUGAAGGUGCGAUGGGGGUAGAUGCGGGACGGGUGAGAGGGUGGGCAAGGGGUGUGAAGGGGGCCGUGGAUAGGGUGAGGGGGACCGGGGGCUUUUGA